UCCUGCUCUUGAAGCGUCUUCAAUAUCGCCGCAAGAUGGCAGCCGUGUCACCAGUGACACCCGCUGCGGUUUAAAAACAACCAUCGAAGAAAAAAAACAACGGAAGUUGUCGACGCCACAAGCCAACAUAAAUCUAAAUGUUGGAGAAGACAUUUCUCAUAUUUGCGACUUUUAUCAUAGUUUGACCGUUUAACAGUAGGAUGGCAUCGUACGACGAAAAAGAGAAACAACAAGAACGACUGGCAACUGUUGGAAAGAGUGACAUCGUCUUCUACAGCCAAGAUGUACAGCAGCUGCUUGGUCCUCAGGAAGAACUUACCCUUCAGUCGCACGGGGGAAGAUCCAGUUUUCAGCAAGAGGUUUCACAGCACCUCAACAUUAAAGAGGAAGAGGAGGAUGCACAUUCCCCCCUCAUCAAACAGGAAGGAGAUCCACAACCAAUACAGGUUAAAGAAGAGGAGGAGGAAGUUGACGUCAGCAAGUUUCCACUGACUGUUGUUUCUGUAAAGAGUGAAGACGGCCAAGAAGAACCACAGCUUCAUCAUCGCAGUCCAAGUGGAGAAGACCACUGUGGCAGACCACCAUCACACAACCUCUUAGUGGCACUGUCUGACGGCGAAUACCCACAAGAAUCUUUAAAGCGCAACCUAGACUAUGAAAAUUACACCAGACAGUUGAAAUUCUCUGAGACAACUCUUGGCAACAUGGAAACGUCACAAAUGCCUGAAGCAACUAUUUCCCACUCGGUUUCUGUGAAAGGUUCUGCUAAAAAACAAAAUACUAGCAGACAUACAAAAACACACACAGGAGAAAAACCCUUUGGUUGCCCAUUUUGUGGCAAAAUGUUCUCUCGAAAGGACCAUGUGGAAUCACAUAUAAGAGUACACACAGGAGAAAAACCCUUUAGUUGCUCAACUUGUGGUAAAGCAUUCACCCAUAAGGAAACUAUGACAGCACACAGGAGAUCACACACUGGAGAAAACCCCUUCAGUUGCUCAAUUUGUGGUAAAACAUAUUCUCGAAAGACUCAUGUGGACUCACAUAUGAGAACGCACACGGGGGAAAAACCCUUCUCGUGUUCAGUUUGUGGUAAAAUGUUCUCCCAAAAGCCAAACAUGGUCAAACACAUGAGAAUACACACAGGGAAAAAAACAUUUUUUUGCUCAUUUUGCAAAAAGGCAUUCCUUCAUAAGUCACAUGUGGAAUCGCACAUGAAAACACACACAGGAGAGAAACCCUUUAGUUGCUCAGUUUGUGGCGCCACAUUUGCUCAAAAGCAAAAUCUGGUAUCACACACGAGGACACACACAGGGGAGAAACCCUUUAGUUGUUCAGUUUGUGGAGGAAACUAUGCGCAGAAGAAGACUUUGACGACACACAUGCGGAAACACAAAAUAUAGACAAAAAAGAUAAAAUUUGACAGUUAAUCCCCUGCAAUACUGCCGCAUCAGAAGCAGACUGUGUAUUGAUUUUACGUGCUCUUGUUUUGAUGUGGAGUAAGGGAGAGAUAAAAUAUCGGGUUGGAGUCCAAAUGAUGGUUUAUCUAUGAUGUCGUGACUUGAGCAAGUGCCCGGUAAAACAAAAUGGCACCACGUCUGAUGAUCUUAAAAGUGUUUAAAUUUGGUGAAAAUAAGGUGAGCUCAUGUUUCCUGGCGUUUUUGCUGCAUGACAUGUUCGGGGACACUUGUCGGAUUAAAGGAAAAUUAAAGGGGUCAUAUGGUCAACAAAAAUGGUCAGUUGCAAACAUCGGUUGCUUUCCGGCACCCUCCAGCGUCAACUGUGCGUGUAACCGCCUCUCGCGGGCUUCACUUGGGUGUUACCGGGUCAUGUCCUGACGUCAUACACAACUGGCAGCGAAUCGGGAUACUUGCGUUAUGCCAUAACGUAACAUUGGGUGUGUGAGAGAUUAGAAGAUUUUGAAAUAAAGGAGUUUUUAGCCAA